AAAUCUCGAGCUCGAACACGGGAAGUGAGCCUGUGGUUGAGCGCAGUGAGGUUGGGAGCGUCUGGGGCCACAAAGCGGCGCCGCCCAGCUCCGUCCGCGUCGAGACCAGUAACGGCCACCCCACUCAGCCGCUUUGAGCACUCACAGUCGCAACUCGCCUCGAGUGGCUCACGUGAGCGCAUGUCUCCAAUGGUUGCCUGGCCCUGUGUCGGGCACCAAGGCAGAAAGAACGACCCGUGCCAGGCUCCUGUCGCCUGCAAAACGCCUCAAGCGUCUUGCCUUGGACCCGUCGCAGACAACACGCCCCCGGAGUGCAUCCACGUCCACCGAUCCAAGACGUCGCAGGGAAAACAAGGUACGUAUGCUCUCGCACUUUGCACUUUGCGCACCCCCACGCAGCGAGUGAGCGAGCAAGGCACGAGCCGUGUCCACCACAAAAGCCAGCCACGUUCCAAGACGGCCUUUUCGAGACGAGAAAGUCGCGAGGAGCCAUCAUGAGCUCUGUUGCUGAGCUGGAGAGCCAACUCAAGGAAUGGCGCGAUCAGCUCGAGACCAUCGAUGAGCAGUUGGCACUAAACCCAGACAACGCUGAGUUCAUCGAGCUCAAGACAAUCGUCGAGAGCGGUAUUCAAGAGUACGAAGUAGAGCUUGCUAAGUUGCAGCCUAAAGCGCAGUCCACAGCACCUCCGCCUCCACCACCAGCUGCUGACUCGCCACCGAAAUGGUCCGUCGAGAAUCACCCUGCGUACCAAGGUUCCAAUCGAAAGCCGCCCUCGAACCAACCCUCCGCAGACACGCCAGAGCCGCCACGCACAUACCAUGUGAAUGAGAAGGUCCAGGCGCGAUACAAGGGCAAGUUUUAUACCGCUCGAAUUCUCGCCGUUACCGGCUCGUCCAAGGAUCCUAAGUUUACUAUCAAGUUUGAUGGCUGGCCAGACACACCCACGCUGGGUUCGGCUGAUCUCAAACCCCUAAAUGCUCCUGUUGCGCCUCAGCAGGUCAAACGCAAGGCAGAUGAACCACCUACACAGUCUGCGACACACACAUACUCGGCCGCGGCAAAUGUUAACCCUGAGCUGGCUCAGGCACGCAAGGAGCCUAGCAAAGCAAGCGAUGGUCCACCAAAACCAGCCAAAAUGCCAAAGAAACUGAAGAACAACAAGACAUAUGAGAAGAGCGCCAACGAUUGGAAGGCAUUCAACAACAAAAUGGCAGUCAAGGGUAAGCUAAGUAAGAAAGACAGUAUGUUCAGGACAGGAGAAGGUGUUAAUGCUAGAGUUGGCUUUACGGGCAGCGGCAAGCCUAUGAGGAGCGAUCCGUUGAGGACUAAACAUCGUUAUGAGCAUAUCGAACAAGACGACGAUAACUAAACGAUUACAACGCAAAUGCUUCCCGUUUGAACGAAUAGCACGCUGCGUCGUGCACAUUCCAUCAUUGACAACAUGUACGGAGCUCGUCAGGCUGACUCUUCCCAAGACUGAAUUCUGGCAAAGGAUGAGGCACAUAAAGCACAUGACAAAAUCUCCAGCGGGUUUGAAUUGAGGGCCACUGAAAGAAGUGAUACCCGUAUCAUGUGGCUAAUGAAUCAUGAAUAAUGUGGCUGAUUUAUUCUUAUAGCCUUAGACUUUAAUAACGAGCCAAUGCUCACUUGCAGCUUCUUCAGCUGACCGCAAGCCAAUUAAAAUACUUUCUUUUCCCCAGAGAAGUAGCCCCGUGUCUUAUGGAUCGGUUCUUACUUUGAUAUAGCAUCUCCCGUGCGGAGUUUUACGCAUAUCCGUCAUUCGUACCUUUUCCCAUAUCAAGAACUAAUCAUGGCAAGUAUUAAAAUAUUUCUUUCUCUGCUACUCGCAUCUGUAUCGUUGCCACACCUGUCCAAGAUUUGCAUAAAUGCAUUCAAUAAGUAGAUUCCAUUACAGUGCUCCAUAAUCCGUAGAUCAGUUCCGUGCCAAAAAAGAUCCCCAUGAUCAAGUAGUUCAGUCGAUUCUCGACACAGGACAAAUCUGGCAGCAUCGAAGAGCACAAUUUUGAUACAGGGAUGGUUUGGCCCUCGACGAGGAGGGCCGUCAUUAGUUGAUUAGAUCUGCGGUUGAAAAGAAAUCGAGUCAUCACAUAAAACCAAAGCCUGAUGUUCCUUCCUCGAUGGCAAUGCCCAAC